CAUAUUUGUAGUAGUAGUUUACUUCAAGUAUCUUUAGAAAAAGCAAAGAAAGUUGAAGUAAAGUCCAGAUGUGGAAAAAUAUUUAAUUAUUAAAACACAUAAGAAGGAUAAAAUACAUAAUGAUUAGAUUUUUCAUAUCUAAAAACAAAUGAAUUACCUCACUUUCUUGUCAUCAUAAUAAAAUGAUGAAUUUACUGGUCUUAUUUUUGUAUGGUAUUGAUCAUCUUUAUCUCAUGUACUAAAUAAUUUUAUAGCAGUUUAUUUUUGAACACAACCAAACCAAAAAUACUCUCCAGCUAUAUCAUUCAAACAAGAAAGUGUCUUCAAUACAUCAAACAUGCAAUACCUAACAAUGAACACAGCUACAGUUGUGUGCGCCCUAAAAUCUUUCCCUAAUUACAAUAAUAUUUGAUAUGUAUUUAACCCUCAAAUUUACUUCAUAUUUGGACAUUUGAAUGCUUUUGUUGGAUGUGCACUAACUUAUGUCACGUGUUUGCACGAUUGUUUGCACUGAUGUGGCUGAGGCACUACAGAUAAGAGCCCGGCCAGAGAGGCUCACUGGAAUCCUGGGCUUGAUGCAGAGGAAAUGUACUGAGAAUGUCGCCUCACCCUCUUCAACAGCAUAGGGAUGACAGUCGCCAAAAUCGGUCUGGCCAACAUUCCUCUAACCCCAGAAACAGCCCGCGACCAAGAGAGGCGGAUUCGCAGAGAGAUCGCCAACAGCAACGAGCGUCGGCGCAUGCAGAGCAUCAACGCCGGUUUUCAGUCGCUCAAAACGCUCAUCCCGCACAGUGAUGGGGAGAAGCUCAGCAAGGCCGCCAUCUUGCAACAAACAGCGGACUACAUUUUCGCUUUGGAGCAGGAGAAGACACGGUUACUGCAGCAGAACAAUCAACUCAAGCGAAUCAUACAAGAGCUAAGUGGCUCCUCCCCAAAACGGAGGCGCGUGGAAGAGAAGGACGAAGGCAUCGGCUCGCCUGACAUCCUAGAGGAGGAGAAAACGGACGAACUGAGGAGGGAGAUGGUCGAGCUGAGGCAGCAGCUGGAGAAAGAGCGCUCCACUAGGUUGAUGCUGGAAGACCAGAUGCACUCCAUCGACGCUCACUUGUACCCGGAAAAACUGAAGUCUCUCGCCCAGGAGGUCCAGGAACAGCAACAUAAGCAGCUGGAAAGGGACCUCACACCUGUUCACAGCCCACAGGUGUUUGCCCCGGCGACCCCUCCCGCCCCCACACACCACCCCACUGUCAUCGUCCCCGCGCCUGCCCAACCUCAGCAGCCCCAUCACGUCACCGUGGUAACCAUGGGCCCGGCGUCUGUCAUCAACACGGUCUCCACAUCCCGACAGAACCUGGACACCAUUGUUCAAGCGAUCCAGCACAUCGAGGGCACCCAUGGGAAAAGUUGCGAGGAGGAGCAGCGGCGGGCGGUCAUCGUGUCCUCGGGACGCGCCCUCUCUGACAACGACGAGCUUGACGACUCCUCGCUGCCAUGAGUCCGCACACCCGCCUACAUGCAUAAGACAAGAGACUUUUAAAAUAGGGCUGGUAGACACGUUGAAGCACUCGUACGUACAGUACAUUCGUACGAACAAGUACAGUAUAGUACCGUGAUAGGCAGCCACCACUUAAUCCAUGCCGCUUAUCUACAUACACAUAUUUAACUUGUAGAUGGGUUACUAGAGCAGCUAAAAGACUGAUCGUAUAAAUACUCUCAUGCUGGGUGUUACUCGUCAAGCUGUACAUCUUGUUUCCCACUAGAGGGCGUGCUCGAGCAAAAUGAGGACCCGAGAGUGACCACACUUUUUUUUUUUUUUAAACACUGUGAGCCAUCUUCUACGCUUCUCUCUCUUGUACAGGGGAGAACGCACUUAACCAGUUUUAUCUUCUGUUUGUGUGUCACCAUUAUUGCUGGGCUGGGUUCCCAGUACACUCCUCCAUCCCCGACAUAAAGGCUUGUUAAUUAAGCUUAUCAGUGGGCACUUUGGAGUGUUGCUAUGUGCUUCUGUCCCCCCCGUCCUCUCUUUUAGCAUUUAGCUUAGCAGUGCAGCUGAGACUCUGGAAGUCUGGAGCAGCACCAAACUUAAUGCCUCCCAUGGGAAGGCACACUUAAAUGUUUCCGCCAUUAUUAGGCACACAAAACUCACACACACACACACACACAAUCGCGUUUGAUCAAUCAUAACCCCCCAACUCCAUUGCUAGUUUUCCUUAAAGCUUUGUGCUAUGUACUUUUUCUUAAUUACACAUUCCUGCAACGAUCAUACUUAUAAUUUUGAUGUUAAUUGUCUAAAAUGUAGAAAUGUGUCAUAAAUGCAAGUACAGUGGAACCAACAAAGUCCAACGCUACAAAGGUUGUAGAAUUUUCCUGGAAACUGUCACAGUUUAUCUUUUCUUGUACUAUUUUUUUUUUUCUUCUCGUAAGCAACUCGUUGAAAUCUUAAAUGUAUCCUACUAAAAUUACAGUUAUUUGUAAAGAGGAUAAGUUCGGAGAACCCCGAUAAAAAGCCAAAUCCUGCAACGAAUAGCCUAAAAAAAUUAUUAAUUGGAUGGACAGCACAAUUCAGUUUUAUGGUAAUCGACUGCAACGGUUCACACCAUUUUUUUCACCAAGUACCACCUCGGAAAAAAACGUGGCUCUCUAAGUACAAUAUUUAAUUAAGUAAUUCUUUGGUAGAUUACUAGAUCAGGGGUCUGCAACCUUUACUAUCAAAAGAGACAUUUUGUCACCUCUUUCACUAAAGAAAAAUAAUAUAGAGCCGCAAAACUUAACGCAGCUUAUGAACAUUUAAUCUUUUUUAUUUUACAGGAAAAGCAAUCAGUCCACAGUAAAUUAAACUUGUUUCCUUUUCUUCUUUUAUUUUGGUAAGUAUUUAUAGUUGGAUAUCUAUGGAUGUUCUUAUUAAUCCAGGUCAUUGUAUUCUCAGGGCAUUUAAUCGACCGCAACUGGACUGUUUUGUUUCAACAGUUGUUUGGUUUACUUUUUUCCUCACUACGAUUAAGCUGAACCAUCCUUGCUCAGUCACACAGAGUUUAAAUAUUUGGGGUUUUGGCACCAACCGCUAGACCAGGCCUGGACCAUUAUUUUGACUCGGGGGGGCCACAUUAAGAGAAAAAAAUGUAUCUAUUUUUAUGAACACUAAUACAAAACCUUACAAUAAUGACUGACUGAAUGCUAAAAACGUUUUGACAGACCGCCUUAAAAAACGUAAUGGAAUUUUAAAUUGUUCUAUGAACGAUAAAACACUGAAUACUGACAAAAUAUGAAUGCAACACCGCCCCUUUCGAUUGACAUAUUUUACAAUCAAGUGAAACUUAACAAAAAUGCAACAGUGAAAUAUGAACGCGGAGGGUACAAAAUAAACCCACCUUACAAUCUGAUAGCUGAUAUUUACUGAAUUUUCCCCAGGGAUCAAUAAAAUACUUUCUAUUCUAUACAUCACUAAGCUUUAGAACUUUGUUGUGAAAAUCUCUUUCCGCGUCUGUGGAAACACUCCCCACCCACACCGCUUGGUGCCUCGUCUGAGCUGCUGUGACGUAGAUGACCAUAGCAACUAAUUAGAUGACCAUAGUAACUAAUUAGAUGACUAUAGUAACUGGUAAAUCAUCUAUAAACGCAGAUUGCAACCAUUGAAAUACUUUGUAUAGUUGAAGACUUACGGUCAUUAGAAAACAUGACUGCACAUCAUAAUGGCAGCUACACUUACAUCUUAAAGAUCUAAAAAAUGUAUUUGGGAAUGUCCGGCGGGCCUUAAUUUGUCCAGGUCUGCGCUUGACUGUAUCUGACCAAUCUAAGUCUAUGAGCAUGAACUAAGUAAAGCCUACUUGGAUGAGAGGCGAAACGUCUUCUAAGACAAACCAACCAGUCCAGUUGCGAUCGAUUGAAUGCCCUGAGAUUAUUUAUGGUUAGGUUACCCAAGGUGUUGCACACUCGAGAACACAAUGAGUUCCAGUCUUUUUUACUUGCCUUCCUUGCGCCCCAGGACUCAGCCUGUGUGUAUUUUACGGCCUUACAGACAGUCGAAAAUUCUAGAGCUUUUUUUUGUUUUAAAAAUGCUUACUUUUCUUACCCCAGGAUUAAAAAUAUUCAAGGUAGCCACAACAAGGCCCGCCGGUUGCAGACACCUGCACUCGAUGGAGCCCGCGUACCACUGCUUUACUAGAUUGCAGAAAUUCUUGUUACAUUUUGAAAACACGUUUUGCAUAAAAGUACCUCUUCAACUUGUCAAAUUACGACUUUUUUCAUGAACUGUACUCAAAACUCGACAUUGAAUAAUACAAUUGUUUUUUAAUUGUGAAUGACAAGUUAAUUCCAAUGACACUAUUUAGAAAAUUAAAAUGUAAUUAUCUUACAGUUACAAUUAAUUUUUCCCAAUAAAAUUGCAAUUCUAUUCUCGUGAAUUACAACUUUGUUUUACAUUCUUGUACAGUUCCUUAUUUUUUAGUGUACAGUUACAAAAAUUACAACUUUUCUAUGUUCUCGUGACGUCACUUAUUACUCGUAAAAUUGCAGUUGAAUUCCAAUACAAUUACUAUUAUUACCAAUUUUUCUGACGAAAUUACACAUGCAAAAUGUGAGUUUCCUUUUAAUUCGACUUUUAUCAUGAAAUACAUAUCCAUUGCAAAACACGGGUUUGUUUUUGUAAAGUACAACUUCAUUGCCUAAUGUUUAAACCUUUAUGAUAUUAAUUCUGAAACUCUGUUCAGAAUUUUUGGGGGAUAAAAUGACAUUUUUAAGACUCUUCAAUUAAAAGUUUUACUUCUUGCUGUAAAUGGAAAGUUUAUCCUCGUAAAUUUACAAUAAUGACUUUUCUCAUAAAUACCUAAUCUUUAUUCACUCAAUACACUAUAGCGAAGAUCUAAGUAAAAUUACAUUUUAAAUUGGUCUUAUUUUGACUUCUUUUCAAAUAUUAUGGAUGGAAAAUUAAACAUUUAAUAACUGACCAUUUUUGUCUUUAACCUUCGUCUUGUGUUAAGGUCGGCACCGACCCGUUUUAGUUUUUAAAUGCAUAAAAACACCACAUUUAUUUUUUUGCAUCAAAGCUUUUUGACUUUGUCAGGAACCUCUUCGUCGACAAAAUAAAACAUUUAAAUUUUUUUCACUAAAUAAUAAAAUGCUCUGGUAGAAAUUAUGCCCUUGGUGUUGUUGGGGUCGGUUUCGACCCAGUUAUAAAAAUAAGAUGAUAAAGCAAUGAUAAGAGCCAAAACUGAACACACUGACAGCCAGCUCCUCUCCCAAUCAUGUGAGCUUUAGUGGAUUCUCAUUUUACCUUGUUAUCCUAUACAAAAACAAACAAAAGACGGACACUAAAAGUGUCACUUUUUGCCACUCUGAUUUUGUUUUUUUAUUAGUUUUGGAACUAGUAAUUUAUUUCUCUUGGUUUCAUUUGCUUGAUUGGUUGUUUGUUUGAUGUUGGAUUUCUGUUGCUGCAAAAAAUACUUUUUAGCCUUUUUCUUGAAGUAAAUAUAAAUAGUUCGAAAUUGACCCGUAACACCAUAGAUGUUACUGUAGUUAAAAUUCUUAAAAUGAAAAAAUGAAUAAAACACAUUUAUUUAAGAGAUGUGUUCUAAUACCCCUUAGUAAUAGUUAGGUAACACAACAUUUUUUUUAUUUAUAUGAUUCUCUUGAGGUUCGUUUUACCAUUUUUAAAAAUUGAAAUCGAGGGGUAUACUGACAAAAAAAAGGCCCAAUUGCCCAAACCAAAAAUAUUAAAACCAAUAUUUUCAAGGAUAAGGAAGCCUAACAAGGUAACCAAGAGAUGAGAAACAAAUUGGAUGAUAGAUAAUUGUUUUUAGUGUAUUUUACAGCUGAUUUAAGACAUGGGUCAAAACCGACCCGUUAACAUAAGAGAUGGUGACAGAAAGCUAACACAAGAGGAAGGUUAAAAAGUUGUAACUUUUGUUGACAAUGUUAUUUUCCCACAAAUCAAGGGUAUUUUCAACACCCAUCAGGCACAAGACAUUGAUACAACGUUGAUUAUACGUACAUGUCCUUUAAAACUGAUUUUGAAACAACCUUGCAAUAUAGUUGUAUUUGUAACAUGAGACCACGUUGAUGUUGGUUGGGAAAUGACCAAAUUUUAAUGGUCCAGUAAACGUCACAACCUGACAGUAAACAAACAUCAAAAAUUAUGUUUUUUCAACGUUGUAUUUGUGUUGUAGAAUAUUGGCUGGGGAAUGACCGAAUCAACAUCAAAACACAACAUUGUUUAAACAUCGUCAAAUAGCAUGUUUUGAAUUGCUCAACCUCAGGACCUAAUUUAGCAAGUUCUCAAAGUUGUUUCAAUGUCUUGUUCCUCCUGGGAUGGCCAGUACAUUUAAUAUAUUUAGUAUGGUGAUGGAUUGUCCAGGAACAGAUUGUUCCAGUUUUUGUGUUUGACUUUAGAGGUUCCACUGUAGCUGCUGGAGCUCAUGAUUCCAAAUACUUUUGACCACUCAAACAUUCCAUUUCAAUUCAACACUUUUGUCAUUUAUAUGCUAUAUUUUCUGCCAUAUCUCAAACUCUGACAUAGUCACUGUUUUCACCUUAGCCCUUUAAAAAGAAAAAUCCUCACCCUGACUUGAAAUGAGGGUCUUCCUUAAAAAAAAAAAAAGAUUGGCACGAAAAAUGUGCUUUUUAAUGUUUUAUUCCAUUUCAAGCACUUACUCGACUGGUGCCGCACUUUUUCUUCUUAAAAAAAGGCACCAUUGUUGUUACAGUAUGUCAUAACUCCAUAUAUAGCCCAUCAAUUUUCAUCUUUUACAGCCCACCCCUACCCCGUCCCUUCUUUUUACUGUCUGCUUAUGUUUUUGUAUGAGAAAAGUUUGGGGGAUUAAGAGGCUUGUGCCUUUGUAAAGACAGACUAAUAAAGUUUGUACUUUGUUUUUUUUAA